AUGGAUUCCUCGCUUCGCGGCCUCCAUGUGCGCGUCGGCGGCGGCCUCGACGCCUCCUCCACGCGCGGACGCCGCCUUGUGCUCUUCAGCGGCAACUUCAACGCCUCCUCCUCGCGCGGACGCCUCCUUGCGCUCGUCUCUGGAAGCCUCGACGCAUCCUCCUGGCACGGCACUCGUAGGCGUCGGCCUCGACGGCAGCAGGCUCCCCGUUGUGCACCCGGCGGCAGCAGUCACCCCUCGUGCCUCUCCGGUACGGCAGUGCUCGCCCGUGGUGGUCUGAGAGCGGAUCGUGCGGUUGGUCUGAGAGCGGAAGGAAUCAGCGGCGGCGGAUCACAGCGAGGCAUCUGUUACUUCGCGAGGAGGGAGACGCGCCUACCGCGGCACCCAGGUCAACGACGCCAGUUGGAUCCGCUGCCGCACCUCAGGUGGCUCAACGGCGAGGUCGCCGGACCUCGACGAGGCGGCGGGGCCAUGGGGAUGGUGCGGGCGUGCAGCCUGGGAACCUCGCCGAUUGCUUCUCCUCCAUCGGUGUGGGGAGAUGAGCCGCGCGGGGAGAAAUUUCCCAAAUCGACUCACACUUGCCGCACGCCGAAGCUCUCGCCGUCGCAGACCACGCCGCGCUGUCCGCCGUCGCCGGACCACGCCGUCGCGGACCACUCCCCCUCGCCGUCGCCGGACCACGCCGUCAUCACCCGCCGCUCCCCUCGCCUCGCCUCCCUCCCGCGCCUCCCGCACCACAACGCCGGCGUCCCCUCCUCCGGCCGGCAGCGCCUCACGCGCCGGCGCCAACCCGAGGUGAGCUCCCGCCGCCCUCCCUCGCCGCCCUCCCUCGCCUCGCCUCCCUCGCCGCCGCGCCUCGCCGGGAGGAGCCCGCGCGCGUCGUCGCCGGGCAGGCGCCGCCGGCGCCCUCCCUCACGCACGCGGGCAAGCCAUUCGACGAAAUGCCCGGCCGCCGCGCGCCUCGAUCCUCUGCCUGGCCGCCGCGCGCCUCCCCUCGCCUGGCCGCCGCGCGCUCCUUCCCAUGCCCGGCUGCCGCGCGCCCUCCCCUGCUCGGCCCUUAGUGGAGUUCUCCGCCGACGCUGCCGGUGA